AGGGUUGGUGAUCCGUGUUGAUCGUGUUGAUCAGCGUAGUUUUUGUAGAUGAGAUAUGGCGAAGUGUGGUAGUUCUUCAAGUACGAAAGGAUCAUUUAAUUCGGAUUCAGAUGUGCAUAUUACAUAUGAAGAUCAGCAGAAGAUAAACAAAUUUGCGCGUCACAAUGCAAAAUUAGACGAUUUCAAGGAUGAGCUCAAGGUUAAGCAGAAUGAGUUGAAGAACAUUGAGGAUGCUUGCGAUGAAUUGAUGUUAGCUGAUAGUGAUGAAAAUAUUCCAUUCUUUAUGGGAGAAGCAUUCAUAUACCAUGGUAUGGAAAAAACACAGAAAAAAUUGGAGGAAGCCAAGGCCCGGGUUCAUUCUGAAAUUGAAGAUUUGGAAAUGAAAUGUGCAGAACUUCGCAGCAGCAUGAGUGAUAUGAAAACACAGCUGUAUGCUAAAUUUGGAAAUCACAUCAAUUUGGAAGCUGAAGAUGAUUAAGGAAUAUAGAUGUAAUACUGGGCUGUAUAUCUAAAAUCCUGACAUUUACAUUUGUUCAUAUCUGAUUUAUUUUACAGUGUUCAGCAUGUUUCAGUUAGAAAAAUUACAGGUUGACAUAACUGGAAUGGGACUGAUGCCAACUUUGAAUGAUACUGCCGUCUCUUGAUAUGCAUACGUGUAUUAACCACAUGCAAUCUUGAGCAGUAGAAAAGCUGGAUUGUAACCUUAAUGGCUCAGUCAGUUCAGUAGCAGGAAAAAGGCUGAAGGAAGUAUGAUUAAAGAUCUUCCAGCAAUGAAGCGUGUGUCGGGAGUUUCAAGAGACCUUGAGGUUAUGGUGCAGCUUACUCAGAUUUUGUGCUUUUGUUAGUAUUUUCCCUUCUUAGUCAUCAUGUAAUUUAAUGUUAGUGAUUAUUACUAAAUUUUGUCUGUUUUACAUGUUUCCAUUUGUUUAUUUAUAAUGUAAUUUUGUAAAAUAAAAUUAUGAUGUAAAAACAUG